AUGUUUCCGGUCAGGCAGCCUUGGCUUUGCAAAGCCUUAGGUUGUUAUGAUUGCUGUGUCCGGUGCAUUGGGGCAGUGCCCUACCCGUCCCUGGUGGCCACCCUGCUGUGCUAUGCUGGCAUGGCAUUAUUUUGUGGCUGCGGGCACGAAGCGCUGGCCCAGACCGCAGUUCUUGUUGAGACUUACUUCGCCCGCAACCCUCAGGACUAUGAGGUCAUGGCGUCCUUUAUCAAAUAUUUCCAGUUUGUGAUCUAUGGCCUGGCAUCCUUUUUCUUCCUCUUUGGUAUCCUGCUGCUGGCUGAGGGCUUCUACACCACGAGCGCUGUCAAGCAGUCCUUUGGUGAAUUCAGGAGCACCCACUGUGGACGCUGCCUCAGUCUGACGUUCAUCAUAGUGACGUAUAUCUUGGCCUUCAUCUGGCUGGCGGUGUUCGCCUUCAGCGCCAUCCCGGUCUUCUUCCUGUUCAACAUGGAGCAGACCUGCCACAACAUCAACAUCCUGGCUGAGACAACCCCCAGCAUCAAUCAGCACGGCUGGAUUUGCAUGGACGCCAGGCAGUAUGGUCUCCUUCCUUGGAAUGCAAUGCCAGGCAAAGCUUGUGGAAUGACCUUGGCAUCCAUUUGCAAAACCAGCGAAUUCUACGUCACCUAUGACUUGUACAUUGCUGCAUUUGCUGGUGCUGGGGUCACUCUCUUAGCACUGUUUGUGUAUCUGGCUGCCGCCACCUACAACUACGCCGUCUUGCGGUUUCUGGGCAGAAAAGGUGUCCGCUAA